AUGGCUCAAAUCAAAUUGCCAACUCAGCAAGCAUACAUCACCCAUGACUUCACCAUCAACUUGGGCUUUAAGUAUGUGUAUUCACCAAGUCUCCAUGCAUGGCCACCAAGUAGCAGCCUUGUACAUGAUCAGCAAGCAUGUUUUUUGAAUCUUUACAAUCACGAUGUACAUUAUGGAAUGGGAUACGAUCCUGUUAAUGAUGAUUACAAGAUUGUUCAUGAUAAUUUCCCUUAUGAACUUAGACAUCGCUAUCCUGGUGUGCUUGUUAAUGGUGCUUUGCAUUGGCUAGCUGGUCACCAGAACAACGACAUUGUGCUCAAGUGCUUGGUGAAUGAAAUUAUUGCUGCUUUUGAUCCCGUGGCUGAGAAAUACUGGAUGCUGCAAUUCACCCCCAUUUCGGAUUUUGGGUGCAUGACCUUGGGGGAAUUGGGUGGAUGCCUGUGUUUGUUUUGCAUUUGUAAGAUUGGCCUUAGAUAUGACUGCGUUGAAUUAUGGGUCAUGAAGGAUUACAAAGUGCAUGCGUCAUGGACCAGACUGUUUAAAGCUGAUUGGGGACAAAUUUAUGGAAACGUCACUAACUAUUACAUCAGAAUUUUGGCUUAUUCAAAGAAUUGCAACGAAGUACUACAAAUCAACGACACGAUUUGGUGGUUUGACGAGAAAGAGCAAAGAGAAGUUGAUAUUGGUCUUUCUUCAUUUGAAGCAGAGAUUUGUGUCGCAAGCCUUGUUAAGCUGACAGGGUGA